UUUUUAAUUCAACGUAUUGACGUAUGAUAUAAUAUUUUUAAUUAUAAACGCGAUCAUCUCGAAUGAUCUGUAUUCGCUGAUAUCAUUUAAAUACGACUGAGAAUAUAUUACUCUUUUGCAUUUUCGCGGAUGAAUGCGUGAUUUAAAUACGAAUUAAUUAGCAUUGAUUUCUUCUCUCUCUCUCUCUCUCUCUCUCUCUCUCUCUCUCUCUCUCUCUCUCUCUCUCCUCUUCAUUUUCUGUCUUUCUCAUUCGAUAAACGUGACUUUUGUCGAACGACGUGGAACUUAUCAAAAUGAAAUAGCCGAGUUGUUUUUUAUAGUUAAAUUAAAAUAAAAAAAGGAAUAAAAAUGGAAAAACUCUUUCAAAAAGCAUAGAAACUAAGCAAAGCGAAAAAAAAAUCUCAAACGUUGGCAAAAAAAAAAGAAAAAAAAAAAGAAGACCGUUUGAAAAAGGGGGAUCGACAUGUUUAACGUGACGUAAGCAUAUGAUCAGCUUUUUUUCGCAAAUGAAAAGAGCAAAGUGUAGUGUUUAGUGACCGAUAAGUGGAAGAACGAGGCGGUUAGGCACAUAUAUUGUUGUUCAACGGAAAAAAAAGAAAAUACAAAGACGAAUAAACGAAAUUUCGGACUUUUCAUUUCAAUACGCGAUAAAUUCCGACAUCGUUGGAAAAGGGCAAAAGAAUUUAAAAAAACGAUGUUCGAUCACUUUCGUGAAGGAAAUAUUCGAGAAUGAAAGAUUUUGAAGAAAAAUCAUUGAAGAUAAACGGAGAAGGUACGAAGAGUCCAAGUUCUAACGACGACAAAAGCCCAUCACUGGAAUAUGGAGAAGAACAGAAGCUUUUACCAACUAAUUCACCUUCCUCGAUAAUCGUCGUAUCCAAGAGUCCGAAUCUGUCCUUCAGAAGCAGGAGCCGAUACAGGGCAGGACCAACACGGAAAUUACGCCGUCGAGCGGUACUAAAAAACGGAGAUUGCAAUGUAUUGCAAUCACGAAUAUCUCGAAGGUCCUUGCGUUUCCUCCAGGAUAUAUUCACCACCCUGGUAGAUACGCAAUGGCGAUGGACGUUGCUCUGUUUCGCUUUGAGCUUUCUACUCUCUUGGUUGGGUUUCGCGGUGAUCUGGUGGCUGAUCGCAUUCACUCAUGGUGAUUUCGAGGAACGUCACUUACCACCGUUUCAAGUUGAGAACAAUUGGACACCGUGCAUCUACAAUAUCUUCUCUUUCACAAGCUGCUUCCUCUUUAGCAUCGAGACACAGCACACGAUCGGUUACGGUAGCCGAUCAACAACCGAGGAAUGUCCGGAGGCAAUCUUCGUAAUGUGCAUACAGAGCGUCGCCGGUGUUAUGAUACAAGCUUUUAUGGUUGGCAUAGUUUUUGCGAAGAUGAGUAGACCAAAACAGAGGACGCAAACCCUUCUGUUUUCAAAAAAUGCAGUGAUUUGUCAACGAGACGGUGAGCUCUGUCUGAUGUUCCGUGUUGGUGACAUGAGAAAGAGUCAUAUUAUUGGUGCAGCUGUGAGAGCCCAAAUGAUAAGAUCAAGGACAACGAAGGAAGGUGAAAUCUUAUCACAGAAUCAACAUGAAUUAGCAGUGGGCACCGACGGACAGAACGGCAACCUCUUUUUCAUUUGGCCAACGACGAUCGUUCACAAGAUUAACGCGGAAUCGCCUUUCUACAAUCUUUCAGCUGAGGACAUGCUCACGGAAAGAUUCGAAGUGGUUGUCAUAUUAGAGGGUACCAUCGAAUCGACCGGGCAAACCACUCAAGCAAGAUCCAGCUAUUUGCCUCAGGAAAUACUCUGGGGUCAUAGAUUCGAACCAAUGGUGAUGUAUUCGAAAGAAAGGCAAGGUUACGAAGUGGAUUAUUCUCUCUUCGAUAGCACCACGCAAGUCGAUACUCCCCUCUGCUCUGGUAGAGAGCUCGCAGACUUUUACAGAGUUCAGGAUGAGAUUCGUCAAGGGAACAGUAUAAUAAUAGACGAGGAUCAAUUGGACUUUAGUCAGGACGUACAAAGCCAUUGUUAUUGCGGACUUCGUUCGUCGGCUCCACCGAAUCAUCAUCGUCAUCAUCAUCAUCAUCAUUAUCGUCUUUUAACGUACGUCGACAGCACAAGAAGUGAGAACAGUUUGGAAGAAGUGCCAUUCGGUAGACAUGCCUGUAAAGAUAUUAAUUGCACCGGUCAUGGUCCUCAAGUGUUAACAAAUCUUCAACGAGAGAUUGGUCAAUCAAAGUUGACGGACGCAGAGUUGGAUGCUAUACAAGUGAUGAGUGACGUCGAGUUUCGACAUUUAUCUGAAGCGGUUAACAGAGAGAUCAUAAAGAACAGUCGAGAGAUAAUGUUCGAGGAGGAAUUUCGCGAAGGUGAGAUAUCUAAAGAAGAAUAUCAGGGAAAGUUGGGUCAGUUUUGUUCGAAAAAAAGUCUCAUGAAGUAUCCGCUUCUCGACGAAGAGAGAAGAUCAUUGAAUGAUUCAAGAAAGAAUCUUUCCAAUCGAAAUUUUCCUAUGGGAUUUGACGAAGGUAGAAGAUCUUUGAACGGUUCGAGAAGAAAUUUAAAUGGUUCGAAAAAAUAUCUAGUGUUAUCCAUAGAUCGUUCGAAUAGCAAUCGAAAUUUAAAUGUUACCAGCGGUGAAAAUUUGAUCGUUGCUAGACGUCACACAGGUAGUAGGGAACGUUUGGACGGUAUCAAAAGAAAUAUCGUUUGCGGGAUGAAAGGAUCUAAGGAGAUGCACGAGUUGCCUGAAAUAAAACGUCGUUUGAACGUCAGUGACAUCGAAGUACAUAAUAGAGUUAAUAUCGAAACGGAGAAGGUAUCUUCUAACAAGGAACAGGCGGCUGAUCUUCGUGACAUUUUCACAACUACCGAGGAUGGACAUUUUUCUAAUAGAUCACCGAGAAGUCCACAAUCUCCGAUCUCGGAUCUCUCUCCGGAAUCUGGAUUUUUCGAAGGUAAUCAAUCCAGUCCAGAAAGUAGUCGAAGAUUUAGCCGAGUUCCUAGCAUUUCUACCAGAAAUCGUAGGAGUUACGAGAACGCCCAAUUGCAGGACGUUAAUCGGGCUCUCUCGAAACGUAAUAGUGCCAGCAGCUUGUCCGAUAAUGAUGGAUUAAGCAAAACUUUGAUUGCCGAUGUCGAGCCAUUAAUCCCCAAUAGCAAACAACUGAACGGUACUACUUCGAAGCAAACGAUCUCUUAUACAAGCGUUUGAUCACGAGUGCCUUAAAACACUAUACCAAGCUAUUUUCGUUUUUAUUAUUAUUCUUUCUAUCGCUAUAAUAUAAUAUUAUAUAGAAAUGCGGGAAGACAGUUCGCUUUCGACCGCAGGUCGGUCUUAACAAUAUAAAUUCGAAUUGUCCAACACGAUUCGCUUAACGAACGCAUUAAAUAUAGUGCCUUUCGUUUUAUCGUGAUAUUUGAUUUCUAAUUAAUUGAAUUAGCUUCGUCUACCUACCUACCUAUCUAUCUGUCUAUUUAUCUCUUUAUCUAUCUAUCUACCUAUCUUAGUAUAAUUUAUAAAUAUAUCAUUUAUCACUCUUAAUGUUAAAUGAAAACGACACAACGUGCUUCUCGUUAAGUUAUCGGAUUUCUCAAAGCUAUCUUCUCCGAAUAAGCAUAUUUUCAAGAUUGACGAUUUCCCGCGCUAAUCGCUAUUCUUUCCACAAUAUUCACAGAUAUUCUAGAUUAUAAGUUCGAUAGAUGGAUUAAAUAAAUGAAUAAGCAACAACAACAACAACAACAACAACAACAACAACAACAACAACAACGAAAAAGAAACGAGCAGGGAAAGACAAAGAAAGAGAAAGUAAAAAAAACAAAAUAUAAGAUAUAACAACUUUUUUUUUUCUAUCGUAGCAGGUUUUUUAAUCUCUUUUCAUUAAUUGAUCUUAAUUUUCCUUGGAUAUAUUUAUUGCUCAUGAGUUUAGAGAGUAAGCGAUAGCGCGAUAUUUGUAUAUAAGGCAUUUUAAAUAGUGAUUAUGUAUCAUUACGUGCAUGUAACGUAGAUAUACAUAUCUUAAAUAAGUACAUACGUAUGUACGUAGUGUCAUUCCUUUCAACGAAUCGCAGGACGAAAGAAGAAUCGUUAAUUAUAGAAAAAUUAUGCGACUAGUUCAUUCGAGCAAGAAAAAAAAAAUCAAGUGUCUUCCUCUCAAAUACAUAAUAAUAUAGUAUAAUGCGAAUAUUUAUGCCUGCCACCGUGAUUACUUUGAAUUAAUUUCAGAGAAAGUAUUUGUAAUAAAGACAAAUGCAAACUUAA